AACAGCUGUCCCCCCCCCAAACAACCUUUAAGACAACUUCGUUAGCAUAACCGAAGAUGUCUAUGGUCACAGCGACGGCGUGGGUGCCGCGGGGCUUCGCGGCGCCGUUCCCCACGAAAUACGAGUUCGACGAGGCGGAGUUCGAUAGGAUCGCCAAGCUGGCGAAAUUGCAGCUCGAUGACGCGCAGGAGGAUUUAGAAGAGGCUGAGGAAGCCGCGAGGGCUGGGGGUGAGGGAGAGAGUGAUUCGGACUCGGAUAUUGAGGAUGGGACUGGUGGCGCGAAGGUGAAAUCGAAGGGAGACGAAGACGAUGACCUCGCCGAAUACGACCUAGAGCACUACGACUCCGACGUCGCCAAAGACACUGAAGGGGAGGGAAUGGGCAUGUUCGGCAACGUCAAGUCCCUCGCCUACCACGAAUCCAACGCCGACGACCCGUACAUCACAAUGAAAGAGAACGACGAGGACGACGAAGACCGCGAAGAGCUCCAGAUCCUCGCCACAGACAACAUGGUCCUCGCCGCCAAGGUGGAAGACGAGGUCGCCCACCUCGAGGUAUACGUCUACGAAGACUCAGCAGAUAACCUCUACGUCCACCACGACAUCAUGCUCCCCGCCAUCCCCCUCUGCCUCGAAUGGCUCGACCUCCCCGUUGGCAAAACCUCCGCCGCCCGCGACGCCCGCGCCAACUUCGUCGCCGUCGGUACUUUCGAGCCGGACAUUGAAAUCUGGGACCUCGACACGGUGGAUUGCAUGUACCCCAACGCGAUCCUCGGGCAGGGCGGACUCGACGACACCGGCGCCCCUCCGGCCGACGGCACGCAGAAGAAGAAAAAGCGCAAGAAGUCCAACAAGCCCAACGCAGACUACCAUGUCGACGCCGUCCUCUCCCUCGCCGCGAACCGUCACCACCGCAACCUCCUCGCCUCCUCCUCCGCAGACAAGACAGUCAAGCUAUGGGACCUGUACACCACCUCCUGCGCGAAGUCCUACGCGCACCACACGGACAAGGUAUGCACACUCGCCUGGCACCCGAAGGAAUCCACCAUCCUCCUCUCCGGAUCCUACGACCGCACCGUCGUAGCGGCAGACAUGCGAGCCCCCGACGCGACCGUCCCUCGAUGGGGCGUAGAGAGCGAUGUCGAGACCGUGAGGUGGGAUCCUCAUGAUGGGAAUUACUUCUACAUCUCCACCGAGGCGGGGGUGAUCCACUACCACGACGUGCGGGCCGCGCCUACGGACCCCUCGAAAACCAAGCCCGUCUGGACGCUGCACGCACACGACGAGUCCGUGUCAGCUUUCGAUAUCAACCCCGUGAUCCCCGGCUUCAUGGCCACAGGGUCUACAGACCGCACCGUGAAACUGUGGAACAUCCAAGCCUCCGGCCCUACCAUGGUAGUGAGUCGCAACCUCGAAGUCGGCAAAGUCUUCUCCACCGUCUUCGCGCCGGACGAGGAGGUCGGGUUCCGCCUCGCUGUCGCGGGAAGCAAGGGGAGCGUGCAUAUCUGGGAUACGAGCACGAAUGCUGCGGUGCGCAAGGCGUUUGCGCAUCGUAUGGCGCCGGUGGAGGGGGAGGUCAAGGAGAGGUUGGUGGGGGUUAAUGCGGAUGAGGAGGAGAGUAGUGAUGAGGAGGAGGAGGAGGGGGAGGGGGGAAAGAAGGAUGGUGAGCAGGGGUGGGAGAGCAUGGAUGAGGAUUGAGGGGACUGCCGGGUGUGAUGGGCGUCGGCAGUCAGUGGCAGGAUGGGGAAGGGGGGGAUAGGACAAAGAUGUGUCGCGGGGAUGAGGGAUGGGGUGUUGACACAUGUCUACCUGCCCGCAUCAUCGGGGUCGUGCGGGUGAUCGCGUUCAAAAGUGCGGGGUGCCUAGAGUAGAGUACUAUAUGUCAAAGCACCUCGGCGGAGCGUGCGCGCCAUAUAGGGUCGGGAUAGUGAUGUGAUGUGUAUAGCGUCUGAAAUAGAUAGCCCCCCAGCCGUCGGGUUGCAGGCCCGGGACGGCACAGAUGGGGUGAAUGAUAGUUUGAUCUUUUUUUUUGUCA